AUGGGAGUCAACAAGUGUAUCAAAUUCUUGCUGUUCAUCUUUAAUCUGCUGUUCUGGAUCAGUGGAUGUAUCAUACUUGGUGUCUCCAUAUAUCUGAAAGUAAGCAAGGAUGAAAACAAGAUCACAGAUAUGGCUGUCCCAGGAAUUGACCUAUUGAUUGCCAUUGGUGUUAUUAUCAUGGUUCUUGGAUUCCUUGGUUGCUGUGGAGCCAUUCGAGAGAACCGGUGCAUGCUACUGCUGUUCUUCAUUGGUCUGCUUAUCAUCUUCAUUCUUUUAUUGGCUGCUGGCAUUCUUGGAGCUGUCGGUGAGGAAAAGAGCAAAGCUUGGAUCAGAACGGAGCUAGAGAAGCUGAUGCCAUUAAGUGAACACCCAGAUAUUCACACGGAUCUUCAGACCUUUGAGACAAAGGCUAAAUGCUGUGGACUGCUCAAUGGUCCUGAGGAUUGGGGUACAGCGGUGCCUUCUUCCUGUGACUGUCAAGAUGAUGCCAAAGAGUGCAAGAGUGUGGCUAGUGGAAAGAGAGUCUACUCUACUCCCUGCAUCACUCGUGUGACUGAAUUCAUUGAGCAACAUCUCACUGUUGCACUUGGGAUAGCAUUUGCUAUUGCAAUACUAAUGCUGUUUGGGAUGGCCUUCUCCAUGGCUCUGUACUGUCAGAUUGGAAAGGACUCAGUAGCAGCCACGGCUUAG